AUGGAGUGGAACAAGUCCGUCUUAAGUGACUUCAUUGAUCAUUACAGAUCUAAAGAGUGUCUGUGGAAAAUUAACACAGAAGAAUAUAAAAAUAAGAACCUGAAAAACAAAGCGUAUACUGAGUUAGUCGAUCAGUUAAAAUGUAAUGGAAUGAAAGAUGCAAAUGUGAAGAUGGUUAAAGACAAAAUUCAAAAUAUUCGAAGAGCUGUCAGGAAAGAAAGGGCCAAAGUCGAAAGCUCUAAACGAUCCGGUAAAGGGUCUGAUGAUAUUUAUACCCCAUCAUUGUGGUACUAUGAACUAUUGUCAUUUGCAAAUGACAUGGAUCCCCUUCCAUCAGUGAGUAAUUUAGAUUCGUCACAUUCCGAAGAUUGUAAUCCUGAUGUUGAAAAUGAAAAUAUAGCUGUUUUUGAUUGCAAUGAUAUACUUGAACAAACUGAGACUGAGAAGGAUGGCAAAGAGAGUACAAAUCAGGUAAAUUUUUUCAAACAAGAAACAUAA